AAACACUUCAAAGAAGCGCUUAAGCGGUAGUAGCUGUGCUUGAGUUAAAUAAGCACGCCUCAGCGUUGGCCAUUAUAUUUUUUUAAUGUAUUUUAAACUGUUCUAUGUUGUUUCUGCGUUGAGCUUAUUCUCGAAAUGUCUUUGUUUGGGCGAAAAGGAUGAGAUUCAGAACCACUGUGAUCUUCUGAGGCAGUGGCUUGCGCCCUCAUCAGUGAGAGUGGAGCUCAACAAAAAGGGUUUCCACAGGGAGGUGACAACUACAGUUGAGUUCAGAUCCAAAGAGCUCAGUAGUGUCAAAGUUUUGCUGAUUCAUAGAUGGCCCAGAGAUGUCUAUGUUGAUCCAUAUCAACUUGCAUCCCUUAGUGAUCAAAACGAUUGGAAGAUGUUACUAGAUUCAGCCAUUGACCUUGAGGUUCCUGCUCACAAAGCUUCAGGAUUUGUCACCUAUGUGUAUCCUUUCUCCACUGGACCAACUUCCAAGUUAUUCAAAGUAACAAUUCCAAUACAUGGUCGCUACCACAAGCCCUCGUUUGAUGGAAAAAUGUUUAAAUCUGUUGACAUAGAAGUUCCAGAGCUGCUGCUGCGGUCAGAAAAAUGCGCACAGCUCAGCAGCUUAGAGCCUCACAGAGUUGUGGAUGCACCAUGCACUGCCAGCAAUUCAAGCACUUGUUCUUGGGUUAAAGUCAAGCCUCAGCAGGAUCUCAAUCCAGUGAGUUUCCAGCUCCCAGUGGGUGAUGGGUCUUUGGUGGCACACGUAUGCGGAGGGACUCUUCUUGUCACAAUGAUCUGCUGUGUGGCACUGUCCAAAUACAUGUGGAAACAUCAAGUCAUUUAAAUAGCUAAAAUUGUACUGGCAUUUUUAUUUUUUUAUCAAACUGACAAGGAAGAGGCACUUUCAGUGUUGUCAUCUUAUCUGCAGAAAUGUUGCAGCAGAGAACAGGACUAAUUGAGAUGGGAAAGAAUAUUGAGAUAUUGCUGAAACAACAGAUAAAUGCUGAAAGAUAUCAGAAUUUAUCUUUUUCCAUUCCAGCUAAUGUAACUAUGUUUAUCUUUGUGAAUCCUGCAACCUGUGCAAGCAUUUUUCCUGCUAUGACCUCAUUUUGGGAGGAUCAUGAUUCUUUAUCUGUUCAGUUUAGCGCACCUAAUUAAGGAACAUGUUUUUAUCAAUUAAUUUGUUCAGUUUUGGGCUAUUUGGUUGUGAUUUUCAUUUAUUUUUGACUGUAAAAUGGGCUAUUAUAAUAACACAAUUAUAAAACUGGAGUCUACAGUAGUAUAAUCUGUAUUUUAACACUGAAUAAAAUGUAUAUAGUUCAGAUUGCUAUAAAUACAAUAUAACAACAA